AGGCAGGUGUACAUGCUGUAUUGAGCCAAAAUUGCUGAUUGUGUUCAGAAUGCAAUAAAUGUUUGGUUCAAACAAACCAAUGUUGGCUUCACACAACACUCUUUAAUAUAAUCCACGGUUUGCAGUAGUUCGCACAAUAUACAAUCUAUUUACAGCUCAGAACAAAUCCUGCCAAUUAUACUUGUCAGAAAGCAAAAUCUGAAGUUGACUUGAGAACAGGAUAAAAAUGUAGGCACACACCUUUUGUACAAGGCAGUCCAGAGGAACUGUGUUAUCUUAAGAAACUGGGUGUGAUGGAAUUCUAUGCUGAUGAGUAAGCAAAGCUCAGUUUUUUUGAAGAUCCCUGCAUUUGUAAUUUAGAUGAAUCUUCGGACAUGGAGGAUUCUGAACAUACUUUGAGCACAACCAUCAAGACAAAUAUUCAGAUGGAUGGACAAGGUCUAGGUAUCAUACUUAUUCAGAAUGGGCCUUAUCUCCAAGUUUCUGGUCUGGUAGAGAAAGGUGCUGCUGCCAGAGACGGCAAACUCCAAGCAGGCGACAUCCUACUCAAAAUCGGACACGCCAAUGUCUUAGGUUGGACCUUGCGAGAACUCAGACAGCUCCUGCACACUGUUCCCAUAGGGACCGUUCUGCAAAUCCAGAUUUACAGGGAUUUUAUUAAAAUCCCAGGCCGGUGGCAGACUGCCCUCAUGAACAUUCCUGAAUUAAAAGGGCCUGCAACAGAGUAAGAGUUUUCUAUCUGUCCAAGUUUUUGGGAAAUAAACCCUAAAACAGUAGUAACUGUCAGGCUACAUUUCAGCAUAGAGAGUUACCACAGUGAAGAAAACUGGACAAGCAGCGAAGACUCGGAGAACGAGAGCGAAGAGAUGGUUGAAGAGAGCAAGAGCAACAAUGAGGAAAGCUACGAGGAACCGGAGCGCGUGAGAGCUUUGUCAGUGGGCACUGUCCGUAGCGUCCGUAGUGUCCAUAGUGUCCGUAGCAUCCAUAGCGUCCGUAGCGUCCGUAGCAUCCGUAGCGUCCAUAGUGUCCGUAGCAUCCAUAGCGUCCAUAACGUGAAAAAUCUGCGCUCACUUUCCAUCAAGCCUUUGAUCAAACAUCAACCCAAAUGGAUCUCCAAAGACUGGCACAUUUUUGAAAGGAAAACCUACACCUUUACUGUGGGUUCCGACAUCGGUUGCGACAUUAUGAUCCACAAGGAUUUUGAAACGGAAAGCGAGCUGGAUAUGUCAACGUUAUAUUUAUCUUCAUCCUCUCCGUACUGGACUAUGCCCAAACAUAAAGCCCCACACUUGGUAUCAUCAUCAUCUUCCUCCGUCAUUCUAGGAAAUCUUCCAGGAAACUCUCGGACCACAGCAAACAUUUGCUAG